AUGGCGCUUGUGCAAAUACCUGAAAAGAUAAGGUGGCAACAGGAACUAUCCGAAAUAGUAUUUGAAACAGUUAAUAUAGAAACCGAUAAAAUUGAACAGAAGAAAAGAGCUAAGCAAAAGCAGCAUUUUGAUGUCGACGAAAAGGAGUCCGAUUGCAUUUUACAUGGUUAUAUAAAGAAAUUGGUGGGAUCUUUUGCAUCGUUAUGGCAAACGAAAUAUGCUAAAUUAUAUCCGAAUCGUCUAGAAUUGCAUUCUGAGAGUGGAAACAAUAAGCCUGAAUUGAUUUUUAUGGAUCAAGUUGAGGAUAUUUCUUCAGAUUUUAUUGUUUAUAAAGGAGAGCAAUGUAUUCAAAUACGUAUAAAUGACGGUACGCGUGAUGGUAGAAUUAUUUUAACGAACUCUGAUGAAAUUGGUUUAAAGGAAUGGGCCUCUUCUUUAAAAUCAGCUCAUAAAGUUUCACAGGAACUUUUAGGUUCAAUAGCCUUUAAGCACACGCAAAAAGGGCAUGUGGUUUUGAGAAGUAAUAAAGAAAACGUGAAGAAAAAGUUAUCAGUAAACUAA